AUGGUGCACCGUGUGUUAUUCUUUCUCGUUUUACUUUUGUGCGUUGAGUGUCUCUGUAUUGCAGCUGCAGAGUCUCAACCUGUACCCCAGGCUGGUUCCAUUUGCAAUGAAGGUGAUGGUGUUAGUUGUCCUUCUGGUGCUUCUGGACCCGUUGGUGAACCUGGAAGGUCUGCUUCUGCUGUUCUUCCAAGAUCACCUGGUGGUGUUGAAGAUUGUACACAAGGCAAGAAUGGUCCUCCGUGUACUCCUAGCGGUGCUGGAUCUGAAGCUGCUAGUGCUGAGUGUGUGAAACCUUNUGUGUUCUGGGAUUCUUUUUUUCUCCUUUUUUUAUUGGAAUUUUCUGCUUAA